UAAAUUCUUCGAAAAAAGAGGCUUGCUGAGCACAGAGUCUUUAGUGUUGCUGGAGAGUUCACUCAUCUUGUCUGCAAGCUCCAGCCAAAACGUGACUACAAACCUUUUAUUUAUUUUGCUACCUUUAAAUCCCUUGCCUAAACAAGAUGUAACUUCCAGUGACGUACAAACAUAUUUGAGAUCGCGCUUGUGUUUUUUUAAAGAAGAAGCGAGAGUGAAUGGCGUCUUUUUUUGCUACAAAGGGAAGAUAUAUUAUUGUGAAUUAUUAUGAUAUGAGUGUGUUGUGCCGAAGUGAAUUUGUGUGUGAUUAUUUUUUUUUCGUCGUGGAUCUCUAACGUGGGAUUUACCAAAACAAGGCGAGUCCCUGCUCUGAAGGACAUUUCUACUCCUUCGCCAAACACAGGGUUUAAAAAUCGUUUGUGUCUUUUUUUAAACAAAAAAACAAAAAACAAAAUUCAUGUGGCGAUUUUUCCUUUUAGCAAACCUAAUUUGGAUAGCAGAAUGAGCAAGGGAAGACCCAAGAGAAAUAUUAUUCAAAAGAAAUACGAUGACAGCGAUGGUAUUCCUUGGUCAGAGGAGAGAGUGGUGCGCAAGGUCCUUUACUUGUCUCUGAAGGAGUUUAAGAAUGCACAGAAGAGGCAGCAGGGUGAUGAGGAAAGAACCAAAAACGCAAAUGGUUCCUUGGCUAAUGGGAAGUUAAACGGAUUAGGACCAAAAUCGUCAGGAACCGAGAAAGAAGAUGGUUCCCAGGCAUCCUCUCACACGAACGAUGGUGGUUCAACAGACUCCGAGGAGGGGCCAGUUAAAAAGAGGCCAAGACUACAAGCACAAAGGAAAUUCGCUCAGUCACAGCCCAACUCCCCCAGCACAACCCCCAUAAAGGUGGUGGAGCCAGCUUUACCAACACCAGUGUCUCAGAUCACAGACCUCUCCAAACGGAAGCCCAAAACAGAGGAUUUCCUGACCUUCCUCUGCCUCCGAGACUCUGCUGCGUUGCCCAGCAACAUGGCGUAUUUCGGAAGCUCUCAAGAUGAAGAGGAUUUGGAGGAUGAAGACGAGGAAAGUAUGGAUGUGAAGCCAGCUGCUUGCAUCGCGUCAACGUCCUGCAAUUCCACACCCAGAAAAGUUUUGAAUGGUCAUAGAAAAUCGUCUCGGGAGAGAGAGUCCACUCCGAAACACAAAGGCAAGGAGGCCACGCCAGGGAAGGAGAGAAGCGAGAACAAGGCAGAGAGUCGCAGAGAACAAGCUUCUGCUGCAGCAGCUGCUAACAACGUGGGAACCUUGGUCAAAGGGUCAGCUGCUAACAGCCACGCUCUCAGCAAAUCCGCUCAGGAGCUCCGAAAGCAGGUUUCGAAAGUGAAUGGAUAUACACGGGCCUCUUCCCAAGGCGCACACCCACCCAGUGCCAAAAAGACGAGAGAGUUCCGACCUUCGCCGUCUAAAACUGUGAAAUACACAGCCACCACGACCAAGGGGCACAUUGCCUACACCAAAGCAAAGCGAGAACUGGUCAAGGAAACCAAACUGAACCACAGUAAACCCACAGCGGUUCACCACAAUAACCACCACCACAAUAACCACCACCACGAAAACUCAGGAAAAGCAGAAAGUAGCCAUGCAAAAACACGUAAACAGGUGCUAUUAUCCAAUGGGUUGCACAAGACAGCAAGGAGUGGUUGUGUGCGUCUCAAUGGGAGGCUAAACAGACGGCUAUGCGCCAAGGAUAAGGGCAUGCGGGUGCGAGAGGGGUUGCGCAACUCCAAAAGGCGGCUGGAGAUGGCAGGCCUCAGUGGGAAGCAGCUCCAGUCCAACACCAAGAAAGCCAAGCUCCAUGUGCGCUCACCUGAGACCCGCAGCAGGAAAGCCAAUCUGGAGAAGGCCUUGCUGAAUGGGUACCUGAAGGCCCCAGAGUGCCCAGAGCCCAGCUCAGAAAGGCAGAGGCCCAAAAGGGCAUCGGCAAGCAGGCAGACUCCUAGCAAACAAGCACACCACAAAACGGAGAGCGUCCCCAGAGAGAACCAUUCUACCUCAGUAACAGAGUCCUCCCUGCACAAGCUGCCUGAGCCCAAAGCGGAGAAAGAGAAAGGGGGCAAUAGCAAGUCAGGCUGGUCCUUGAUUAGUGAGGCUCCAGUCUUCAGGCCAACCCACAAGCAGUUCCAGGACCCUCUGGUUUACAUUGAGUCAAUCCGGGAGCAGGCAGAGCCCUAUGGCCUCUGCAGGGUGGUUCCCCCACAAGACUGGCGGCCAGAGUGCAAACUGAGCGAUGAGAUGCGCUUCGUCACCAAGGUGCAGUACAUUCACAAGCUGGGCAGACGCUGGGGGCCCAAUGUGCAGCGACUGGCCUGUAUCAAAAAGCACCUCAAUUCUCAGGGCAUUACCAUGGAGGAGCCCCCACUCAUAGGAGGCUGUGAGCUGGACCUGGCUCGCUUUUUCCAGCUGAUCAACGACAUGGGCGGAAUGCAGCAGGUGACGGACCUCAAGAAGUGGAACAAGCUGGCGGACAUGCUGCGUAUUCCCAAGUCUGCCCAGGACCGACUGGCCAAACUGCAGGAGGCCUACUGCCAGUACCUGCUGUCAUACGACUCCCUGUCUCCCGAGGAGCACAGGCAGCUGGAGAAGGAGGUCCUGGCUGAGAAGGAGAACCUGGAGAAGAGGAAGGGCCCUCUGGAGGGACACUCGGAGAACACCCACAAUUGCCAGUCGUUGCCCAGGUUUGAGCCCAAAAACGGACUCAUCAACGGUGUGGUGCACAAGAACGGCUUUCGCAAUAAGCUGAAAGAGCUGGACACUCAGUUGAAAACAGGCCGACGGCGACUGUUUGCUCAGGAAAAGAAAGAGAACGAUAAAGAUAAUGGAGUUCUAAGCGACCAGCACAAAUGUGUAUAUAAGGGAAGAUCGGUAUCUUUAACUACAUUCUACAGAACAGCCAGAAACACCAUGAACAUGUGCUUUAACAAGGAGCCAGGGGUAGCAGAUGUUGAGCAAGAAUACUGGAGGAUAGUGGAGCAGAAGGAUUGUCAUGUGGCAGUGCACCAUGGGAAAGUGGAUACAAACACACAUGGAAGUGGCUUCCCUGUGGGCAAGUCAGAGCCGUUUUCAAAGCAUGGAUGGAACCUCACAGUCCUUCCCAAUAAUUCAGGAUCCAUCUUGCGACAUCUUGGUGCUGUACCUGGAGUGACCAUUCCCUGGCUGAACAUUGGCAUGGUCUUUUCUACCUCAUGCUGGUCUCGGGACCAAAACUGCCUUCCAUACAUUGAUUAUUCACACACUGGUGCUGAUUGCAUUUGGUAUUGCAUUCCUGCUGAGGAGAACAAAAAACUUGACAAAGUGGUGCACACUCUGCUGCAGGCCAAUGGGACUCCAGGGCUGGAGAUGCUUGAGAGCAACAUCAUGAUCUCCCCGGAGGUGCUGAUUCGGGAAGGAAUUAAGGUGUAUCGUACAGUCCAGAAGAGCGGAGAGUUCAUUGUCUCUUUCCCGGGAACCUUUGUGUCAAAAGUGUGCUGUGGGUACAAUGUUUCCGAAACUGUGCACUUUGCUACCACCCACUGGAUGAACCUAGGAUAUGAGGCUGCUAAGUACCUAAAAUGUCGGCGUAUAGCUAAGCCCUUUUCGAUGGAGAAACUGCUAUACCAGAUUGCAACAGCAGAGUCCAAACGGGAGAAUGGGCAGAUUUUGAGUACAAUCUCUUCACUUCUUCAAGAGCUCAGGGAUAUAGAGUUGAAAGAACGACAGGAGCUGUUUGAGGCAGGCCUUCUCUCCACAGCUCGCUACGGAAGUCUUGACAACAACCAGAUGACUCUGGACGGGAAGAAAAAGCCUCGAAAGUGGCUUGCGCUGGAGACGUCGGAGAGGCGGUGUCAGAUGUGCCUCCACCUAUGUUACCUUUCCAUGGUUGUUCAGGAGAACGAGAACGUUGUGUUUUGUUUGGAGUGUGCUCUCCGCCAUGUGGAGAAGCACAAGUCCUGCCGUGGGCUCAAGAUGAUGUAUCGAUACGAUGAGGAACAAAUCAACAGCUUGGUGAAUCAGGUCUCUGGAAAGGUGACAGCAAAAAACGGCGACAGCGGAAAGUGCAUCACACCCAGCAAGACCCCACUGAAGCGAGGACCCAGGAAACGAGCAACCAUCAACGUGCCGCUCUCCAGGCUUCCGUCAAGUUCCUCAUAAGGAUGCCAACUGUUGUAUUCCUUUUUUUUUUUUUUUUUGUAUAAUAGUUUGGAGAACUUGCUCUAGAAUGCAAGCUGUCUUUGCACUAGCUCUAAAGAGAAUUUUGUUCUGUUUUUAGAGAAGUAUUUUGUUUUAGCAUUAAAUUGUUGGGUUACAUUUUUAGGACGAUUUAUAUAUAUAUAUAUAUAUAUAUAUAUAUAGAUAUAGAUAUUAAACCCAAACUGCAGUCACAGGUUUUAUUUUAAAAUGCAGUACCUUCACUGUUUUAAAAGCAGGUCGAAGGGCUGACUUUCUUUUCUCCCCACCCCCUCCCCUCACCCCCACCCCCACCCCCACCCCCUCUUCAGCCCCUUUGACUGCAUAAGCCUUUUGUUUGGGAUUUUUGUAACUGUGAAAAAAGUGAGCUAUUUUAAGAACCCUAAUUUGAAUAGGAUGAAGUUAGAGUGCUGUGUUUUUUUAGUUUGUCAUGCAAGCAGUUUUUUGUGGGGAGAGGUUUGGAAGUAAAACUUGAAAGAAACUGCUUUGCUUGGCUGAUUUAUUUUUUAUUUAUUUUUUUUGUAUUUUUAUUUUAAUUUAGUUGAGGUAGGAAGGUAUGAGAGAGUGGGGAGAAGUCCCUGGCAGCUUACAAUAAUAGACUUAAUUUACAAGACCAAUAAAAGUCAGAUGCCAGCUAAAUGGCCAGUGCAUUCUCUCCUGUUCAUUGCUGUGCAUCUGAAGAAGAGUAAAAAACAAGAAAGUGGCUUUCUUCCUGUUUUAAGCGUCAUUACAUAUGAAAACUGUGCCUGAUUUAAUAGGAAAUCCAUACAAAUGUUUUGGUGCUUGUUGGUUAUUUUAUCAAAAAAGAAUGCCUUGUAAUGGCAUUCUCAAACAAGACAGAAGCUGUUGGUGCUUCUUUGUUCUAGAUGUGCAAUUGUAUUAACAUUCCAUUGUCAUUAUUUCAUCUGUAUUCAACUCGAUAAGCAUUAACUAUUUCAUGUUUUUUGGGGUUUUUUUUGGUUUUUUUUGGUCUGAUGUAACUUCACAAAUAGAGCCACUAGAAAAGGGUGUGAAAUGUGAAAAUCCAGAUUUCUAUCAUGUUUCUCUUGUGUUUUUUCACUUUUUCCAUAUGUAUAAAAACACUUUUGUACAUACGCCUGUAAAUUUCUUUAAAUACUUGAGCCUUUUUUAGGGGAGGGGAAGGGGGUGGGGGAGAAGAGCAAAGAAACCAGAUGAAGAAAAGCCUUACAUUUCAGUUUCUUCAUCCGUCUGAGUUUUAUGCUUACAGGGUUUCUCUUGUAACAUUUAUAAAUAAGUGCUGCUUAUAUCACUGAAUAAAUACAGAGUAGCUGUUGCCCCUUUUAGAGUGUUUUUUUUUUUUUAUAAAGAAAAGGGAAAGAUGUUCACCAACGAUUUUAUCUUUUCAUUACUGAAAAUUCAACAAUGUAGUAGCUACCCGUGUUGCACUGAGCUUGCCAGUGGUUACUGCCAAGAAAUCCUAUAAUCCAGUUUGUUGGUUGUCGUCCUUGCAGAAGACUGAACUGUUUUAGGAGUAUUUAAUGAAAACAUAACUGAGUUAAGUGUUUUCAAAAAUGUGUUUGUCGAGUUUUUAUGGCCUUACAAUGUGUUUUUCCCCUUUCUACAGUAAACCUCUUACUGCUUACAGUCCUGACAUUUAAUUUAUUAGUGCUGCUCACCUGCCUUUCCUUCCAAGUGGAAAGAUUCAUGUUGGUUAUUGCCAGUUUUUUACUUUUUACGUUUGUAUUUUUAAGGUUUAAUAAAAACUUCUGGACAAUUCACUGUCA